CCAUAUUCUUCGUACUAACCGAGAGUCUUCAGAUAUCACCAUGGAUCCACAAAGAAUCAUCAAGUUGCAACAGCACUACCAAAACACCAAGAAGCCUUUGUGGUUGAGAGGACCUCAAGCCAAGUUUGCUGUCUACCCAUUCUACGCUCUCUUCACCGUCACCACUAUCUUCCCAUUGUACUACGCUGGUAGAGCUAUCUGUGGUCUCAAAGACGAAUAAAUCACUCCAUAUGAAUUCAACGCAAUGCUGCGACUCUCAUGAUGCUGCCGCAGCCUACUUGCCCAUAUAUCUAAAUGUAAUCAUAUGAAUAUUCAUUUCCUCAGAUUUAUUCCGUUCUGGAUCUCUUAAAGUACAGCGCAUUUUCCAUCCACAAUUUCCAUUAUUUUGGUGUUUAGUCUCUAUUCGUGGGGUCUUUAUCCUUAAAAUAAUAUACAUUUUUCAG